CGCAGCACUGCUCCCCUCCUUCUCUCCCUUCCUCUUGUUUUCCCUUUUUUUUUCCCUUUCAACAUCCCAACCACAACCACCACAACCACCCCAGAAAAGAAAAAAAAAAAGACAACGAAGUCGCCCUCUCAAUCCACACCAGCAUACAUAAACUAGCUUCAGUCGAGAUUUUCAAGAUGCCUUCGGCCGUCGUUGAGCUCUAAGCGCCCACUGCGGGUGCCUUCCACAGCGCCCGCAGUCCAGCAGCCUCAACGAGAGAGUCCAGAUCUCCCCACUAUCCCUGCCCUCCCUACCCAUAACCACUCGACUAUCAGAAGCUAUCCAGGCUUUUCUCAACCUCGAAAAAGGCCUCUUCCCUGCACAGCAUCUGCACAUACCGCGACACCUCAGGGCAUAGGACGCGCAGUGUCCCGGUGCAAGGCAGAGCAGGACUUGGAAAACCGAGGCCCGGAACACGAGGUUUACUCCAUCUGGCCAUUUACCCAGAAUCAAAUCAACUGCAACAUCAUACCAUCAACUUACAAGACAACAUUAUAAAGACAAGAGGACAGACAGAUAGUCCAGACCUACAGCCCCGACGAGAGAGGAGCAUACCCUGUUUCUCCACUGGCCCACCUGACGAUUCCAUACCGUACGGCUACCACCAAUAUCUACCGUCACAAAGUCACUCCAUCCCCACCCCAAAUCCGACCCCGUCUCUUGUCUCGCUCUUCUCUGCUAUUCUCGAGAUCCUCGGCAGACACCAUCCUAAAAGACCCCUCGACAGCUCCAGUCGACAUCCAGUUGUACCUACACGACAUUGCAAAAGAACUCGACUGGGACAAUCCCAUUUCAAGCCCGCGACCAGACCAAAGAGAUCUUGUCGAAUCUUAGCUCCGCGCACGGUUCACCGCCGCUUGCAUCAUACCAACCACCACCCAUAACCUAUACAGACCCCCGGUCACCCAGUCCCCCACCAUGUCUCGGACGACCAUCAAACUAAAAAACCCGCGGACGCCGCUCAAGGCUACCAAGCGGCGGGUUUCCGUCUCCUCUACAUCUUCCUCCUCCCUCGACCUCUCCGACGAUGAAGGCUACUCGGCCGUCGAGGACCUCAGCGAGAGCGAAGAUGACGAGCACAAUGUCAUGGCGGCCGAGGAGGAGCACCUCUUGACGCGAGCUUCCCGCAAGCGUCCAUUGGAACACACCCCUCGGCCCCAAGUGAAUGCUCAGGAGGAAGAACACGACGCCGACGAGGAAGACGAAGAGGAGGACGAAGAAGACGAGCAGAACGAAGACGGUGACGACGAAGAGGAUGAUGACGAAGAGCCCGAGGACGACGACGACAAUGCUGCCGACGACAAUGAGAGCUGGGGCGGUCUGUCGGAGCACGAGGAGAGCACAAUCAUCGAGCAAGUCCCCGAACCGUCCGUCGAGACCGAGGUCAGCGUCAAGCGUCACGUUCGCUUUGCCGGUAUUCCGGACGACGACAGUGACUCGGACUCGACAACCACCGAGACCGAAUCCAAUGCCGACUUGUUCCCUGAUAUCUUUGUUGACCGCAACGAGCUGGACCCCGCGUUCCGUAUCGAGAUUGAACGUGGCAAUGAGUCGUCCUCGGCCGAGUCCUUCUGGGAUUACGACGGCAAUCCGCAAGAGUUUUUUGGCGAUUCAGAGGAUGAGGCCCAGGUGCCACAAAAUAUGCUGGCUGGCCCUCUCUUGCCUAGCCUGAUGGUACCCAUUCCGACCAUAACGCCAGAGCCGUCCGACUCGGCUCUCUCCAAAUCGCACGAGGCGGAGCUUGACGGAUACGAGACGGACGGCGAAACUACAGAAGAAGAGGACCCCGAGCCCAUUAUUCGGAAGAAGCAGGUGGCACGUGUCGAGUCGGCGCCCGUGUCUUCAGAGUCCGAGGCCGAGAGGCCCUGCCGGUCCCAGCGGGGCAAACCUCGCGUGGGCCGUUUCCAUCUGGACGGGUCCGACUCUAACAAGCCGAUCGCUGUCUUCAACCCCAACUCCCGCAAGAUCAUGAUUUUCAAGAGGGACCAUCAGGCCACAGACCUGGCAACUGAGGCCAUCAACGAUGUCCCAUCAGCUAACCUCGACUACUUUUCCCCCCUGCUGACCAACCCCGGCUACCUCAUGAUGGGCGCCAUGGUGUCUUCCAACACGUUUGGCGACUUUAUGAACACACAGCCGUGGGGUCCUGCCGAGGCCUUCUUCCCCAUGGGCGACGACUUUUACGCCGGAGACGAUAGUGACGACUCGGAGCUGGGCAUGGAGGAAGUGGACGAGGAGGAGGCAAAGCUCGACAUUGAGGAUUUCCUGAGGUUCGAUAACAGCGACUCGGAAGCCGACGAAGAGCUUGAAUACGACCCGGAGAGCGCCGCCACCUCACCGACCAAGAAGGACAGCGACAAGCAGGACAUGCACCCCUUGCUCAACCACCUGACCAACAACGCGGACGCUGUCGGAGCUUUCCGGCGCAACCAAAUCAACCAGCAGCUGAUUCUCAGCGACCGAGCCACCCAGGAAUCGCUUUCGUUCUCGGGACCUUACUACCACGGCACACUGAGAGGUAUCAAGACCGGCAGUCUGGAGACAGUUACCACACCCAUCACCCCCGCCCGCCGGAGAAAAAACAAUUCCAUGGUAGGACCUGACCAUCUUUUCUUGCCCCCUUCCUUUCCUCUUGUUUCCCCCUACUUCAAAGUCACCCCAAGCCCAUGGCGCUUCCACAAGGAUCCUCCGCUCAACCAAAUCAUUGCACAGAAAAGGAAGGCUCCCACUACCGGCCCCGGCGGUUCCCUGAUUGACGACCCGACCACGAUGCAUGUGCAUAAGCGACACCGGAGCAAUCUCAGCACGGUCUCGGAGCUUUCGGUGGAUGCAAUGCCGAUUAUGUAAGGAUUCGACGGAAUAUGGAUCUCGGGUACGGACUACGGAUUUCGGAUUAUGGCCUUUGGAUCGCGGAUACGGACUGGACACCGGUAACGAUACCCACUACUACUACGGACGAGGAUACAGCAAGUGUACGGUACUACACAUACCCACGAUCCCUCUUCCACCGGGAAUGACAUCGUGUGGGCCUGGUUUUCAGGCUACGUACGUGGAAGGACGGCAUGGCCCAACGAGUGUUGUCUGUCUGUCUGUUUGUUUGUUCAGCACAGAUUGCGUUAACAACGUCAACCGCGAUGAACAACAACAGCAAGCCAACAACAUCUCCCAUGUUGGGACCAUCCCUGGCCUCCAGUUGAGCGCAGCGCAUUCGCAAAGACGAUGCAAGGCGUUUUUUUCUGUACGACAGUACUACGACGAUGGUUUUCACGGACGACUCGACAUUGCUUCGACUCGAUACACAGAUUACACGGUUUUUCUUUUUGUUACAUAGCAAUACACAUUUCCUGAGUGAUUUUGGAGUGGUGGUUUCCUUGUGGUUUGACAAACAAAAGCGAUGUUUGGUUUUGCUUUAUGAUGUUAUGAAAAAGUAUCGGCCUUUCCUGCAUUCUUGGGUGGAUAUUUGACGGUGUCGUGGUUGAUUUCGUUCUCGCGUGGCUUCCUCUUGCCUCAUGUACCCGUGCUGAACAGUGACAAAAGACUGCGGUAGACAAAAUUUCCAUUGUCAGGACCAUGCAGAGAGGGUGGUUCUAGGUAUACAAAAGUACACAAAAGGCCAUGGCUAGAAGGGAUGGCACAAUGUUUUGUUUUCUCUUUUGUCUCCAAGAUACCAUUUGCUGUCCUUAUCAUAUCAUGAAGAGGGUAGACGUGACCGGCUCGGACGGAUGGACUGACAGACGGACGGGUCGAUGGAGCGAUUGGACUCGGAUAGCGUUCAUACACGUUGUUGAGAUUUGAAUGACGAAGUGGAUUUUCCUCUUGCUGACU